AUGGAUCUCGACGCUGGAGAUUCCCCGUGGGGCGAUGAGCCCUCGCGUUCGGUGACUACCAGCGCCGCACCGGAGCAGGAUUCCCAGGAUAACGCUCCCGCCCAUCCCGCACCAUCAGCCGGGAGCGCCGAAGUCCGGACACCUGGAAGACGAGUACCACGAGGAACGCGGAAGAUCAGCGCACAUGCGACACGAUUGGAAGCCGUCGACAACACCGUUGAUCCUCUCGGUCCUCUCGGAGAAUCCACCCCUGAUAUAGUUGCGACUCCCACCGAGGAAGCCCCGGCUCCCCCACAGAAAGAAUCGCUUGCUGCUCGAGGCCCUCAACCGGCCUCAACUUUUGCCCAGAUCCCCGGCGCGACUGGCCUUGCUGACUCGGUGCACCUUGAAGAAGAUGGCGCCGGUUUCCGAGGGCCGCCGCCUGUACAGCCUCCUGCUGAUGUUGACGGGCCUAAGCGGCAGACGCAUCCAAGCAUGAGCAUUGAGCAAGCUGCGAAGCCCACAUUUGAUAUCAGCGUUGGAGAUCCACACAAAGUGGGAGACCUGACGAGCAGUCACAUUGUCUACCAAGUUCGGACAAAGACCACAUCAAAGGGAUACCGUCAACCAGAGUUCGCGGUCAGCCGCCGGUACCGUGACUUCCUUUGGCUAUACAACUCUCUGCACAACAGCAAUCCGGGUGUGGUUGUUGCUCCUCCGCCCGAAAAACAAGCUGUAGGCCGCUUUGAUACAAAUUUUGUCGAGUCACGAAGAGCAGCACUUGAACGUAUGUUGAACAAGAUCGCAGCUCACCCGAUUCUCCAGCAUGACGGUGACUUGAAGAUCUUCCUUGAAAGUGAAGCCUUUAAUGUGGAUAUUAAGAAUAAGGAGAACCGGGAGCCUGAUCUUGGUCAAAGCAAGGGUAUGUUUAGUGGCUUUGGUAUCUCGGUUGGUGGAGGCGGCAAGUUUGUAGAGCAUGACGACUGGUUCCAUGACCGCAAGGUCUAUUUGGACGCGCUGGAGAACCAGCUCAAGGCACUCUUGAAAUCUAUGGACACGGUGGUUGCGCAACGCAAGGGUCUCUCCGAGGCCGCAGGCGAUUUCUCAAGCUCCCUGCACGCCUUGGCUGCUGUUGAGCUUUCCCCCGCAUUGGCAUCUCCACUGGACGGUCUAUCCGAACUCCAAUUCCGCAUUAAAGAACUCUACGAACGUCAAGCUCAGCAGGACGUGUUGACUCUGGGCAUUACAAUUGAUGAGUACAUUCGUUUGAUUGGUAGUGUGAAGAAUGCAUUCUCCCAGCGACAAAAGGCCUUCCAUAGCUGGCACGCCGCAGAGUCGGAUCUACAGAAACGCAAAAACACCCAGGAAAAGCUCCUCCGCCAGGGCAAGUCUCAGCAAGAUCGAUUGAACCAGGCCAACGCCGAUGUUGCCGAUGCGGAGCGCAAGGUACACCAAACUCGUCUUUUGUUCGAAGAUAUGGGCCGCUUGAUGCGGAAUGAAUUGCAAAGAUUUGAGAAGGAGAAGGUGGAGGACUUCAAGUCUGGCGUGGAGACUUUUUUGGAGAGUGCCGUUGAGGCUCAAAAGGAGUUGAUUGAGCUCUGGGAAACUUUCCUCCUCCGUCUCGACGCCGGGGAGGACGGUCUACCUUAUUAUGUGCCCGAGUCGGAGGCCGGCCAGGCACCCGUGUCCGAGUCAACGACAUCAGCCGCGGAACCUACAGCCGCCACCGAGGAUGAAGAUGAAGCCUGA